AUUGAUUAUAAUGUCAUUAUUGUAUUAAUUAAUUGUAUGUCUGGAGCAUUCUUGAGAAACAGAAUCUUAUUCCAAAUAAUAGUCUCUUUCUUGUGCAAUUUAUGCCCGUGUGUUGUACAUUAUAAAAAAUUGAAUAAACUAGUUCAUAAGAUUCACUGCGCCUUUUUGUAAUACCUUUGGUUUCCAAAUCGAAAUCAUGUCUUCCGAAACAGCGCAAGUUAGUUCAUUGCCAUUGCCGCCCAUGCAGUAUAUAAACUUCUAUACUGAUGAGAAUGUGCGAAGAAAUAGAGCACCUUUACCACCGCGCCCUAUUCAUGAUUCGUAUUCCAUGUUUGGACACACUUUCAAUGCGGACGACACCAUAAUCAGGUCACUGGAGAGCCAGGGAUUUCGGCGAUUAUAUCCUAUGCAUUUUGAGAGGAGGAGAGAACUGAAGAAGUUGAAUCACUCACUACUUGUUAACUUUCUGGAUUUAUUAGACUUGUUGGUACAUUGUCCUGAUUCUCCUAAAAGGGCUGAGAAGGUUGAAGAUCUCAGUUUGCUUUUCAUACACAUACAUCAUUUACUAAAUGAAUUUAGACCUCACCAAGCAAGAGAAACCUUAAGAGUGAUGAUGGAGCUACAGAAACGUCAACGUGUUGAAACUGCAACAAGGUUCAAAAAGCACUUGGAUAAAGUGCAAGAUAUAUUGCAAAGUGCUCUACAAAGUCUACCAGAUCAGAAUGAAAUAGAAUCCAAUUUUAAGGUGCCUGUAGAGAUAUUGGAACACAUGGAUUGUAACACCAAUGAUGUGUCUAAUCAAGAUCCAUGUUAUGAACUGGAUCGCAUCAUGUGUAAUGUGGUGGACAAUAUGAGAUAAGACAUCUAUUUCCCUGUUAUUUAUUAGGAUUAGUCAUUUUGUAUUAUUUCAUAAACUUUUAGCUUAAAUCUUGCUUAGAUCCAGCUGAAUACAAGUGUGUAAGGAAUACAUAAGUUGGACUGCCCAUUUUCAAACAAUUUUCUGGACCUGGACAGUAUUCCGAUCAAGGAAUUUGUUAUUUUUGAUAUGAAGCUAUCAGAAGACUACUUCCCAAUUCUUUUCUGCCUGUUUACAAAUUAAGUAACUUACAAAUUCACUAUGGUGAGUUGGCCAACUGGUGUGGCUAUUUCAAAUAAGGAACCUGAUUGUGUUUUAAAAGGAUUUUUUUUCUUCAUAAAACAAGAAAUUGAAAUAAAUUGUAAGUAAUAAAAGUUUAUGAAUCUCAA